AUGGCUGAAGACGACAUUUGUAAGAUCGCAAUUACUACCCCUUUUGGUUUGUUUGAAUUUACCAAGAUGCCCUUUGGUCUUCGCAACGCAGCCCAAACCUUCCAACGUUUUAUGGACGAAGUUACUCGUGGCCUCGAUUUCGUUUAUGUCUAUAUCGAUGACAUCUCAUUGCUAGAACGAACGCCAUCGAACACGAA